AUGGCCAACCACUCACAAUUCGGAUUCCAAGACGCUUCAUCACCCAUCAUAGAAGAGCUCGUACAAUUCCACGAUCACGCCCUAAUAGUCGCCCUAGCCAUCUGUACCCUAGUCCUAUACCUAUUGGCUCUGAUACUCACAGAAAAACUAUCCUCAAGCACCGUAGAUGCCCAAGAAAUUGAACUUGUCUGAACAAUCCUUCCCGCUGCAGUCUUAGUUAUACUCGCCCUACCUUCCCUACGAAUCCUCUACAUAAUGGACGAGGUAAAUGAACCAGACCUCACCCUAAAAGCCAUCGGACAUCAGUGAUACUGAUCAUACGAGUACACCGACUUCAAAGACCUUACAUUUGACUCCUACAUAAUCCCCACAUCCGAUCUCCCCCUCGGUCACUUCCGCCUACUAGAAGUCGACCACCGCGUCAUCGUACCAACAGAAUCCAAAAUUCGAGUCAUCGUCACUGCUGACGAUGUACUCCACUCAUGAGCCGUUCCUAGCCUCGGCGUAAAAACCGACGCAAUUCCAGGACGACUCAAUCAAACCUCCUUCCUUGCCUCUCGCCCCGGAGUGUACUACGGACAGUGCUCAGAAAUCUGCGGAGCCAACCACAGCUUCAUACCAAUCGUAGUCGAAUCAACCCCUCUAGCCAGCUUUGAGAACUGAUCUUCCCUACAAGCUUCCUAA